UGUUGGGCUUCCUUAAGGAAGGAGCAGUGGGGCAUGGAGUUGCCACGAAAUGAAAACAAGAUUUCCUUUUGGCUCCCAAAGGCUUCUGUUGCUGCUCCAGAGUGUCACGGGAUACACCGAGAGCCUCAUCAGCGAAGAAGCUGUGCCCCCCUCCCGGGCGAUAGGGCCCUCCAUGUCUAUCGGGCUGACUGUCAGGAAGUACUGGAACAGCACGUUGAAGCUGGGUGCCCUUUAUCAACAGCUGGUGGCCGAGAAAAAAUAUACCAAAGAUGCUUCUAAUCUAAAAGUUUCCUUCCGGGCCACGAAAGCCGAGAACGAGCAUUCGAAAAGCGUUUCUCCCGAGUCGGAUAUGACUUUGCCCACCUUUCAGUCUUCUCCGUUAACCUCUUCUGCCGGCAGCCGGCUGCUGGACAAUGACUUCAGUGCCCGCUUGGAUCCUUUGGUUAGUCUGCCUGGCCGGAGUGUCCACUCCCAGACCAUUGAAAGCUCUCUGGUGCCCUGUGAUGCCUGCGAGAGCACCCAGGUUAGCCUGCAGGAAGUGGGCAAGGCAAUCAUUGACCUCUGCGGCACCUUGAACAUCUCCUCUUCCCUGGGCAAGUUCCUGAAGAUGGUGGAGGAAAGACUUGGAGGCAAACUGCUGACGGCCAUGGAUGUCGGCUACUGGGCCACCGAGCAGAGCAAGGACCUUUCCCGCAUCAACAAGCAUAUCCAGAUGCUGAUGGGACUCAUCAACCCUUUGAAGGGAGAACUGGAAGAGUUCGAGAAGCAGAAGAACGAGCUGAAGAAGCAGCUGGAGAACCUGGACGGUUGUCUGCAGAAGGAGAAGGAGGCCAAGAGGCAACAGAGGGAGGAGACGGAGCAGCUCUUACAAAAGAAGGAGAGGGAAAGCCAGCAACUGAUGGCCAAGCUGCAGAAGGCCAAGGAGGACCUUGGAAACCGUGAAUAUCUCUCUCGUCUUCUUCUUUAA